UGGAGGCAGCUGUUUCCUCAAGUGUGAGGAGAAACGCUUGAUGGCUGCGCUUCUCAAUUUCCAUGCCGCUCCAUCAUCUCAUCUGAUGCUUUCAGACAGCCAUUUAAUUCCUUCUCCAAGUUUCUUCACCACCAAACUAGGGAGCCACCCCUUUCAAGGUACAUGUCCAAAGCAAGCCAAAACAGGGGCACCCAUCUAGCCAUCUGUUCCUUUUGAUACUAUUCUUGGUUUUGUGUUUCUUCCUUUUGGGGUUUGAGUGGGUAUGUCUCUGAGCAACAGCUUUGUCUUGGGUUAGAUUUGGUGCACCUGUUUACCUGCAGAUUGUGUGGCUCUGAGGAUGACUAUGAUGGGUUUCGUGAAGUGGGUAUCUGUUGUUUCUCUCGUUCUUGUUGUGUUCUUGGAUGAUUUCACCAGUAUUGUUUCAGACGCUGCCUUUACACCGGCGGAUAAUUACUUGAUUGCAUGUGGGGCUUCCCAAAAUGUGACUGUGGACGGGAGGACCUUCGUCCCGGACGCGCAUGCGCCUUCUCUUCUGAUCACAGACCAAGGGACCAGUGUGGUUUCUUCCUCCAAUUCUGCGGCUCCCUCCCCCAUUUACCAAACUGCUCGCGUCUUCUCAAAGCCGAGCUCUUACCGGUUCGGUAUCAGUCAGGGAGGCCGGCAUUGGGUUCGGCUCUACUUCUUCCCUGUCCCGAGUUCAGCGUAUUCUCUGAAUUCCACUUCUCUUACAGUAGUUACUGAAGAUUUUGUGCUUUUGGACAAUUACACCCUGAAGAACCAGAGCCAUCCCUUUCUGUUUAAGGAGUAUUUGAUCAAUGUGACCUCUGAUCACUUGACCAUUGUCUUUGUGCCCACGAACGGUUCGCUCUCGUUCGUGAACGCGAUUGAGGUGGUCUCUGUCCCCGACGAUCUGAUCAGUGAUCCGCCUUCGCAGGUGCCUGACGGGAUCCUUUUCAGUCUUACCAACUUGGCCAUGGAAACCGUCUAUAGGCUUAAUGUUGGGGGUCCUAGAAUCACCUCUAUCAAUGACACAUUAGGAAGAACUUGGGAGAAUGAUAGGGCCUAUCUUUUCUCCAAUAACUCUGCCAAUCCUGUGUUUGUUGAUCCAAGCUCCAUUAACUAUGGCACUCUCACCCGAGAGAUUGCGCCGAAUUCAGUCUAUGCUUAUGCUGAAGCAAUGGCGAACUCGAACGUUGCAAAUGUCAUAUACAAUAUUACAUGGUCCCUGCCAGUCGAUCCAAACUUCCUAUAUUUCAUCAGACUUCACUUCUGCGACAUCAUUAGUACAGCUCUGAAUCAGCUAAUCUUCAACGCCUACGUCACAUCUGGUUCUAAUUUUAUGGUAAAUGUUGAUCCCAGCAAAAAGACCAAUGAGUUGAUGAGGCCCUUUUAUAUAGAUUUUGUUACCAAUGUGUCCUUUAGCUCUGCUCUCAUAAACGUGAGCAUUGGCCCCGAUCCAACCAUCGAGGAUAUAAAGAACGCCACCCUCAAUGGAUUGGAAGUCUUGAAGCUCAGCAAUGACGCCGGGAGCUUGGAUGGCCUGCUUUCAGUGAGAAAGAUUUACUCUGCUUCAGAAUCGAAGAAAAAGAAGACGACAAUUGUCGUUCUUGGUGUGAUAGUGGGUGGCUUGGCAUCGGUACUACUGCUAGCUGUGUAUUACUGCUGCUUCGUUGGGCCGAGAUCAAAGAGCCGACGCCGUGCUCAUCCAUGGUUGCCUUUGCAAUUGUACGGCCAUUCUCACACCAUAAGCAAAGUUUCGACUACUUCUCAGAAGAGCGGAACUGCAAGCUGCAUCUCGUUGGCGAACUCGAGCUUGGGACGCCUCUUCACCUUCCAAGAGAUAAUGGAUGCAACCAACAAAUUUGAUGAAGCUCUGCUUCUUGGUGUGGGCGGCUUUGGCAAAGUUUACAAGGGAACGCUGGAUGAUGGAACCAGGGUUGCUGUCAAAAGAGGGAAUCCAAGAUCUGAGCAAGGUCUUAACGAAUUUCAGACUGAAAUACAGAUGUUGUCCAAGCUCCGACAUCGUCAUUUGGUUUCCUUAAUUGGCUACUGCGAUGAGCGCUCAGAGAUGAUCUUGGUUUAUGAAUAUAUGGCCAAUGGGCCUCUUAGAAGUCACCUCUAUGGGUCAGACCUUCCACCGCUUUUGUGGAAGCAGAGACUUGAGAUUUGCAUUGGUGCUGCUAGAGGUCUGCAUUAUCUUCACACGGGGGCGACGCAGAGUAUAAUUCACAGAGAUGUGAAGACCACCAAUAUCCUGUUGGAUGAGAAUUUUGUGGCCAAGGUUGCAGAUUUCGGCCUUUCCAAGACCGGCCCUGCAUUGGACCAAACUCAUGUAAGUACUGCUGUUAAAGGUAGCUUUGGUUACCUCGAUCCCGAGUACUUCAGGAGGCAGCAGCUGACGGAAAAGUCAGAUGUUUACUCAUUUGGUGUUGUUCUAAUGGAAGUUUUGUGCUCAAGACCGGCACUGAAUCCGGUUCUCCCCAGAGAGCAAGUGAAUAUAGCAGAGUGGGCAAUGAUGUGGCAGAAGAAGGGAAUGCUUGACCAGAUUAUGGAUCCUGGUCUAAUUGGCAGAGUUAAUCCAGCAUCCCUAAAGAAAUUUGGUGAGACAGCCGAGAAGUGUCUGGCUGAGCAUGGAGUUGAUAGGCCGACGAUCGGAGAUGUGCUGUGGAACCUCGAGUAUGCACUUCAGCUUCAGGAGACAUCAGCCCUUGUCGAUCCUGAUGAUAACAGCACGAAUCAUAUUGCUGACAUUCCAAUAUCGCAAUUCCAGCAAUUUGACAACAGUACAAGUAUGGUCGAUGAAGCACGCUCUGUUACUGAUGAUGAUUUGGAAGACGCAACCACCAGUGCUGUAUUUUCACAGUUGGUCAAUCCAAAAGGAAGAUGAGAAGAUUCUUUUGCUGGAUCACAGAGAUCCCCAUCUCUAUGUGCUUCCAACUCGAAAAGAUCCAAUUACAGGGAUCAAAUCAUCAAAGACAGUCCUGUAAAUUUAGUAGUCUAGCAAACGCUUAUACUCGGUAUGUCUAUUUCCUUCUACAAUUUUCUCUUCCCUUGAGUUUUGCUUCGCAGUUCAGCACUUUUUUCUGGAGCUUCAAUUGUCUUUGUAUCAUAUAUGUUUCUCUUUGAAGAGAAUUUAUGUUUAAAAUUUGUCAUACAUGUAAUUGAAAGGCAUGACCGAGAUUGUUUUUGUUGUUGCAA